CGGACCGGAGGGGUUUUGAUAUCCCUGCUUAUAUGUCUUCAUAGAUAUAUACACAUGAUAUGUCUUAACAUAGUGCCACCUAGUGGCUUUAAAUGAAUAGCAGGCCGUAUUAAUGUGUAUCGAGAUUUUUUGUAACUAACGCACAACGUUUUGGUUUUCCACGUAAAUUGUAAAUCACGAAAAUCGGUUAAGAGUCGUAAAUGUUUUCUGCUCCUCGAUGUGUUAGUGAAUUCUUGACAGGACUGAUAUGGCGUCCCGCUGACGUAUCGCAGCAACGGAAUAAAGUACACAGUGUUAUUAAAGUUUCAUAAAGUGCGUCUUCAGCGGCCCCGUUUUAAAUCUUAUUUUCUGUUUUCAGAUACUGAUUAAUUCAAUGUAAUAUAACAUAUACCAAUAUGACGUUAUUUUAUUUCAACGUUAAUGUGUCGUGUGAUUCAGGCAAAUCUCCGGUCAGCCCCGAUCAUCACUGUGCACGUCAUCAGCUCGUGUGUGGCAGAUUCAAAGCAGGAGGGGAUGGACAAAAGUUUGCAGAUUGUUCUUCUUCUUUGUGCAUUGAUGUCUUUGCAUCUACUGUUAGUUCAGGGCUCCAAACAAGACAUAAAAUGCGGAGCAUGUAGGGCUUUAGUUGAUGAAAUGGAAUGGGCCAUAUCACAGACAGAUCCCAAGAAAAUGAUCCAGACAGGAUCAUUUAGGAUCAAUCCUGAUGGUAGUCAGUCAGUAAGAGAGACUCCAUUUGCUCGCUCAGAGAGUCACCUGCUUGAGCUGAUGGAGGAGGUUUGUGAGAAGAUGAAGGAUUACGGUGAACGCGUUGACCCCACAUCCAAUCGGAAGGCAUACGUGAGACAUACAUCACGUGAUGGUACAGCCAUGGACCUUUCUGAUUUGACCUUUGACUCCAGAGUCAGCUCCAGUUUAAAGUUUGCUUGUGAAGUAAUCGUUGAACAACAUGAGGAUGAACUUAUUGAAUUCUUUGCUCAUGAAACAGACAAUGUUAAGGACAAGCUGUGCAGUAAAAGGACAGAUCUUUGUGACCAUGCCCUGCAGAUACCUCAUGAUGAAUUAUGAGAUACAUCAUAACAACUUUUGGUUCUCAUAAAUGUCCUCAUAAAUGAGUUUCUCUUAUUUGUUACUUGUUAUGGACACUAAACUUUCAGAGAUCAACUUAACUGAUGUUAAACCAACCUGAUGUACUUGACCCUGUGGGUUAACUGUUUUCCUCUUUAUCUGUAAUAAUGGUUACUGUCUGUCCAUAAUGUUCAUUUUUACUAAUUAAAGCUGACUCUAAACAGCUAAAGUGAGAUAUCUUUAAGAGUCUCCUCAGUGCUGUAGUUUUAUAUUUGAAGUUAAUUUGGUACACUUCAUUAUCAGUCUUUUAUUGAUCAAACUAUUUUACCCAUUUUCUCAUUAUUUGUUCAUCCCUAUGCUGUUCAUACUUGUUCAUCCUUUUAUUAACAUGCCUUAGAAAAGCAUGUUACUGGUGUGUAUCUUGAGACAAAUCAAUGGCACUUGAAUAUUUUAAGAUCUGUCAGUGCAAGUUAUUUUCACUUGAGACAGCUUAAACAUGUGUUUUAGUCUAGGACUAUAGGCUUAAGCCUUGUCUGUUAAACUAUGAGAUAAUGUUUUAUAGUGAAUGGUUGUGUUAGUUGUUUUUAAGCAUAACCGGAAAAGCCCUGUAUGUUAUAUUACAUCUUUGAGUGCUACAGAGUUGUCUGUGAAUAUUUAAUACCAAGUUUUUUAUUAAUAUUUAUAUGAUCAAGGCCUAUUUAUUAUCUUAUGAAUUUCCAUAGGUGCAGACAAAACUCUGUAUUGUAUACUUUACCAGGACUUUUCUAUACACACAUGUUUAUAUGAAACACAACCCCUGGUCAUGAUGAACAUUACAGUCUGAGAAUAAAUAAAGGAAAGAGCAAACAAUACAAUUU